AUGAAAAUAACCAUCUUAUUGAUUGCACUGUUGGCUUUCUCAUACGCCUACAGAGUAGACUUGAAAUCCCAAAAGCUUGACAAGAGCUUUGUCAUUAACAAGCAAGAUGCCUUGAACAAGGGCAACUACAAAGCUGUAUCUACUGCUGAAUUAGACUCUUACAUGAAGGAGGGAAGAUCUCCUAUGACUAUUGAGCUUCCUAAGCAAGCCAACUCUGAUAAUCCAAGAAUUCACAUUGAUAAUCUCCAGAAUGUCCUUUACUACGGACAGAGCGCCGUAGGAAGCAGAGGAGAGGUCUUUGAUGUAACCUUUGAUACCGGAUCAGGAUGGAUCUACAUCUCAGAAGUUGGAUGUACGACCUGUACCGAUUCCAAAAAGUUGUUUGAUCCUAAAACCUCAACAACUUAUAAGAGCACUGGAGUAAGAAAGGAACUCUCAUAUGGACUUGGAUAUGUUGCUGGCCCAAUCUCUUACGAUACAUUCGCUCUCGAAGGACAGAAGGGAACCACUAUGAAGUUCGUCCUCGCUCAGGAAGGAAAAGACAAUGAGGGAUAUACCCCAAAUGGCAUUGUUGGAAUGACCCCUGUCGGAGAAGAUGCCGAUCUUUAUCUCACCAAACUUUAUGAAGCUGGAAUCAUUGAUGGAGAAGAAUUCACUGUUUACAUUGGUAAAGAAGGAAUCGAUGAAUCUUGGCUGGAAUUCGGAAUAAACAAGGACGAUCAAUCCCAAGUAACCUGGGUUAACUUAAAGCCAAUGAAGGGUUAUCCUCUUUACUACUGGAGUGCUGAUUUCGAUUCACUUUCUGUAGGAAAACAGAAGCUUAACCUUAGAUAUGAAAGCACUAUCUGGGACACUGGAACUUCUCUGCUCGGAUUCAAUUCAAGAGAUCUCCAAACUAUCAUCAGAUCUAUCGCUGGUUCUAAACAGAUCUAUAACAUUCAGGAUCAACUCUUUGCUGUUGAAUGUAACUCUGAGUCUCAGAUUUCUCAAUUUGAUGAUAUUGAGUUUGUCUUCAAUGGACAUCCUAUCUCAAUUCCAUCAUCAGAAUACACUGAAUUUGCUAGAGAUGAACAAAGCGGCAGAGGAUUCUGCAUCUUCGAUCUCUUUGACAUUGACAUGCCAGCUGCUCUCCUUGGAGAUACCUUCUUGAGGGGACAGAAAAUCAUCCACGAUCAGGCUGGACUUAGACUUGGAAUGUUCCCACAAAGGACAUAUUCCGAGCCAACUUAUGGAGAGAUGGUUCAAACUUAUCUCCCAAUCGUUGGUGUUGCAACUGUUGCCUUGGUUGUGCUUAAUAAAUUCUUUGACUUCUAAACAGUCUCUAAUUGAAAUAUGACCUCUUGGUGAAGCAGCCAGCUUUGGCUGAAGGUAGGGCUAAAUUUCUCAAAAUCUUAGUAUUCUUUAAAAAUUCUUGAAAAAUCUAUCCAAAAAUGGAUUCUUGUUGUGAUCUGGUUUG